GGCCAGAUGUAAUGACCCUGCGUGUGCUGCAGACAGUGCGCCGAGCCCCAGCGGUGCAUCCUCUCACCGACUGCAGCCACGGAGCAGCGGCGGCAGCAGCGCGCCUGCGCAGUGCAUCCCGGGGAGCUCGGCGGAGAUCGGUGCUGAAGCGGGGCGGAUGGCAAGAAGAACCAGCGGCGGUGGACACCGAUUACACCGCGGGAUUCCCGUUCACCAUGUCUUUAAAUAGGCGCCGCGACGCCGCGCGUUCACCCCCAUCACUGUAGGACGGUGACAGGCCGGCGUAAAGAGAUGCUGUACAUUCGCCGCCCCCUGUCCUCCCGAGUCUAGAAAGGAUCCUUUUUUUUUUUUUUUUUUUUUUUUUUUUUCGAGGUCCGGGGGAAGACGACGCCGAGAGAAGCCAGACGGGGGGAAGCGAGUCCAGGAAGCCCAGGGUUGAAACGUCGCCGCCGCCUCUCUCUCUCUGGUGUUCCUUCCUGUGCUUGUCGGUCAGGGAUGGUGACACCAGCAAACGCUCCUCCUCCCCGUGGUGAAACGUACCUCCUCGCCUCGUCCCGCCGCUCCAGCGAGCCAAACAGCCCAGCGGACGCUCAGACUCCCCCGCCAGUCCGUCGCCCUCAGUCGACCAGCUUGCUAUCAACCAGCAACCUCUUACCUCACGCCAUGACCGCUUUCUCUCACCUGUGUUUAGGAACUCAUUAAUUCAUGCCCCACAGUGUGAGUGGAGUGGAGAUGAGAAAAAGGCAGGCGGCUCACAUCGAGGCCCCACCCCAGGCCCCCGGCCAGCCCAGACCGAAUACCUGCUGCCUCUGCUGGUGCGGCUGCUGCAAGUGUCUUUGGAAUGAAGACAGAAUUGAGAGGACUGAACGGCAGACCUGCACCAAGAUGGACAGUAUUGAAGCUGAUGAAGAACAACGCCCUAGUUUAGAAGAGUUGCUGUCGUGGGCACGGAGCUUUGAGAUGAUGCUGCGCUCGUUGGAGGGCCGGGAGGUCUUCCGAGAGUUCCUGCGCUCCGAGUACAGCGAGGACAACCUGCUUUUCUGGUUGGCCUGUGAAGAGUUAAAAAAGGAGACGAACCCCUCGGCGGUGGAUGAGAAGGCCAGGAUUAUUUACGAAGAUUACGUCUCUAUAUUGUCGCCCAAAGAGGUGAGUCUGGACUCUCGGGUUAGAGAAGGAAUAAACCAGAGCUUAGCAGAGCCUAGCAACACGAUGUACGAGGAGGCCCAGCUCCAGAUCUACACCCUGAUGCACCGGGACUCCUUCCCUCGUUUCCUCAACUCCUCCGUUUACAGAGACCUCCUGGCCAGCAGGAGGCGCACCUGCCUCGACACCUAAACUUUGCCACCGUUCAUCAUCGCCAACGUACGCCAACGAGACUACUACUUAAAACUUCAAAUACUACUAUGGUGCCAGAAGUCAGGUUUGGAAAAAAAAAAAGUCUCUCGCUCUGUUUUGAUGGAAAAAAAAAAAACAUCCAAGAUAGCUGGUCUGAUUUUGUUUUUUUUAUUUAUAUUUUUUAAGAAAUUUCUAUCCAGUAGUUCACUGGAGAUAGGUCGGCCUUUGCUGGCUGCUUAUUGGUCGUUUGAGACCAUUAUUGCUGGCCAGUGAUUGUUUUGCGAGCAAUUUGUGCUGUUUUGUUCGAUUUUGAACGGCCAACACCACCCUAAUCAGCGAUCGGUUUAAACGACCGAUCCAAUGGCCGAGCGCUGGUUAAGCGUGGACCAGGACUCCUCAGGUGGCGAGGACACGGAGAAGGAGAGAGACAAAAAGGACAAACCCACUGUUCCUGUACUGUAAUAUUUGAACCUCAUGCUUUUUACCUUCACUCUACUGCUCUGUCCUUACUUGUCACUCUUUUUGUUGUCGUCCUAUUUCUCUGUUGUUAUUUUUUUUUUUUGUUUUUUUUUAUAACUUCUCACUGUCCAACAUGACACCCAGUGGUUGGUGGAAAUGGGAGAAUCUUUGCCUUUUGAACCAGUUUAAGCAUCGGCUCUCUCUGCAUGCAGCUCUCUCUAUCUCUCUCUUUCUCUCUCUCUCUCUCUAUCUCUCUCUCUCUACUGUAGCUUGACAAUAUAAGCCGCGGACUGCAACCUUUUCCAAGAGGUAUUAAGGCUGGCUGUGCCUGACUGUAUGCGUUCAGCGAAGGGUGAAAAAAAAAAAAAAAAAACAUUUCUGUCAGUUUCACGCUUACUGCAGUUUUUAUUGAGAUGUAAAAGCUGCCUUCUCCGACCCUUCCUCAGUCCGUCCGUCUGUUCAUCCGAGCACUUUCCUUCAUUUAACUGGGAGAAGUAAGGGCUAGAAUUGUGGUUGGGCAGCUACUUCUAAUAUUAUAACUCAUGAACUUCUCUCUGCUGAGAAACAUCAUAAUGCCUUUACGUGUAAAGGAAGGCGGCAGAAGCGCUGCUGCAGAUUUGCUGUGAAGCAACCACAGUUUGUCCAACAAUCCCUACCUCCCAUGCCUUUUUUUUUAUUUCACCCCUUCCUUUCGUCUGUUUAAGGAACCCCCACAGCCUGAGAAGCACAGGUGCCAAUUUUGGGCCAAAACCAGAAAUGGAGAAAACAAAAAGACACUUUUACAGUACAUUGUCUCAAUGAACGAAAGCAUUGUGGAUAGAAAAUGGUAGCAAUUUCCUUAGGUGCAGGUGUAAACGUGAGCUAUUACACCCUGGCCUUUGUCUGAAAGGCUUCAGCUUUAGAUGUUCUCGUCCUUGAGGUUUCGGAUUUUAGUGGAACGGUUAAAUGGGUGCCAAAUGGGACUUUAACGUUUCUGUGAAGAGGUAUUUGAUAUUUACGAGCCUGUUUUUACAGCUGGGGAAGAGGGCUGGUUUAACCAUGCUGAAACACGGCAAUCCCAGGCUAGCAAAAGAAAUCUGCGUAGUUCUGCUCCACACAAGCCGUUCCAGCUAAAACCAAAAGGGUUUAAGCAAGCCGUGGACACGCAGACGAUAGGAUGCUUGUGCUAAUCUUCCCUCCCACUGCCAGCCCUCACACACUCUGGUCUGUUUUUUCUAACAUGACUUGGACAGCAUGCAGUUAUGUUGUGUGCGUGUGUGAGAUACAGUAAAACACAGAACAGUAAAUAAAAGUUAUGUUGCCAAAUGUCCUGUUAAUAUAUUUAGCAUAUAAAUGGACACUGUUUUUUUUAAUAAUGUGAACAUUUAAACAGAAACUUUGUUGUCAGCCUAUGGAUCUGCAGUAGAAAGUGCAUGAGUAGAGCAUAUAAUAUGCCGUUUUUAAUCCAAUGAGCCUCCGUGUCAAUUGACUUGGUGGAUAUAUGACCCACAUGGUCUGGCUGGCCGCCUUCGCUAACUACCUGAAGUUCUCGUGCCAAUCUGGAUCUGCAGUAAAGUCAAGAGGCAAUUGGUUCUGAUUAGUGAGGGUUAGGCAUGGGCCGGUAUAAUAACUUUGAGUAAAAACAGUUUAACAGUAUUAACAAA